AUGCCUAGAAGUGGAACAGAUUCACUUGUUCUUGGAGAAGUAAUCGGAGAUGUUUUAGAUCCCUUUAUUAGGUUUGCAACUCUUAGAGUUUUUUACGAAAAUAGAGAAGUUAUCAAUGCUUCUGAACUUAGACCCUCUCAAACUAUCAAUCCACCAAGAAUUGAAAUUCAGGGUAACGAUCCUAUGGCAAACUAUCACUAUACAUUGGUUAUGGUAGAUCCUGAUGCUCCAAGCCCUGGUAAUCCGACCGAAAGAGAAUACUUGCAUUGGUUGGUGACUAACAUCCCGGCAACAGGAAACAUCAGUUAUGGGCAAGAAAUCGUUUCUUACGAAAGCCCAAGACCUUCAUUGGGAAUACAUAGAUUUGUAUUUGUGGUAUUUCGUCAUUAUGAAACCAAAACAAUCAGUAAUCCUGGGUGGCGUCAAAACUUCUUCACCAGAGAAUUUGCUCAACGUUAUGAACUUCGUAUGCCGAUUUCGGCCAUGUAUUUCACAUGUCAAAGAGAGAGUAAUUAUAGAGUUAGAAGACGUUAG